AUGAGCGAUUAUGAACUUCAUUCAAGUGGAUCAUUUACACAAGAUGAUGGCGAUGGGCCACAAUAUUUAAGUAGAUUUAUUAAUGAGGUAAGUAUUAUGCCACAACGUGAAAAAAUCGGUGAAAUCGGAAUAGAACCAAAUGCACUAGGAAUUCCACCAGAAGGUGCAACCUACGAGAAGAUGCGAUCUAUUUUUGGAGAAAUCCCAUUUGAUUAUUGGACAAAUGCAAAUUUUCCAAAACAAUGGCUUGAAUUUUCUAAUAUUCAGCCUCCAAAUUUAAUAAUAGAACAUUUGCCAGAACUUACUCUCUUUUUUAUGUUUUAUUGCCAAACAAAAGAUUCAUUGCAGAUGUUAUCAGCAAAAGAACUACAAAAUCGUGGCUGGAAAUAUAGCGAUUAUACUUGGACUUAUGAUAAUAAGUCUGAACAUAAAGUUUUUAAUAUCAAUAACUGGUCUAUUGAAGAAAAAUAA